ACCAUCGCGUAACUGUUUCUUCUCUUCGCUCCUGUUUCUCUGUGGGCUAUUGUUCUGCCAACCAGAAAAAAGUGCCGACUCCCACGCAUGGAAUUUCCAUGUCCCGCAACACUGCUUCUAAUGGAUGACCAUUUGAUAAGUCAGCCCUCACCAAUUUGGCGAUGUGGACCAGCCUAAUCCACCAACCAGUUCGGCCCUUAUAUCCGCACGUCUGUUGGCUUCCAUAAUUCCCGGAGCAGGGAUUGCUUGAACCUCGAAAGCCCCCUUACUUGCCAUUUUGGCAAAUGUCCCGAUGCGUAUACCGUAUUUUGAGGUGUGAGAUGUAUCUAUAAGAGUAACGCUGACCGUCAUCAUCCAUCUGCUUGGCAAUAAGAGGAGAAGAUCGCAUGUCUCAGUAAGUAGUAGGCAACGAUGGACACACCAAAAUCACCCCCGGUCGCCUUGGCGAGCUUACCACCAUGGAGCAGCAUAUCGGCAUCUCUGGUGGAGGCUCAGGAGAUGCAGCCAGUGGAUCGUACCAAGGUAUUCUGACCAGGUUUUACAAAUCACAACGCAUGUCAUCAAUAUUUUGUUUCUUUCUGCUUCUCCGCUGAGACGGCAUGUGAGAUCUAAACUAGACAAGGGAAGAUUUCUAGCACAGAGCUAAACCGGAAAGGUCAUGUCAAGUACCAACCGUUCCGUGUUGCUUACCGCAAUUGAUGCUCCGCUGGGUCCCAGCGCACGGCAUGGUCGGUGAAGGAGAGAAAAAAAAAAAAAAGAAAAAAAAAAGCGACAAAACGAAAACCCGCACACUCUGGCCAAGGAAUGCCAAUUCUAUCAGGGGCCUUACAGAACAAGAUCAGCAUCAUGGACUGGGGCUUGCAUCCACUUCGACGGCAGGGCAGCUGGUUGCCUUGACAAAAGGUCGCUGCAGCUAUUACAUUGUGCGAGUAUAUAAACACUGGCUCCUCGAGACAGUUUCUGCGUUUUCCACGUGCAUCGCCUCUUGUCACCUCACGCCAAUUCUAGGCCUUGACUCCCUCCUCUUCGUUACUCGUCAUAGAUCGCGCCAAGACAAAACAUCAUCUACGUAACCAUGAGGCAAGCCACUGUAGCAGCGACCCUCGCCCUGCUGGGCAGCGCCUCGGCGGCGUCGACCCUGUUCAACGGCGGCACCAUCGUGGCCUUUGACGCCGAGACGCAGGGCCUCCGCGUCGUGCGCAACGGCUCGCUGCUCGUGACGGACGACCGCAUCGCCGGCAUCUACACGAGCCCGCCGGCGGCACAGCAAAACUCGUCCUCGAUCGAGGUGGUUGACGCGAGCGGCAAGAUCAUCACGCCGGGCUUCAUCGACACGCACCGCCACGGCUGGCAGACGGCGUUCAAGACGCUGGGCUCCAACACGAGCUUGACCGAGUACUUUGGCCGGUACGGCGAGUUCGCGUCGGCCUCGCACUGGGACGCCGACGACGUCUACGCCUCGCAGCUGGCGGGUCUGUACGAGGCCGCCAACGCCGGCGUCACCACCUCGCUCGACCACGCCCACUCCACCUGGGACAAGGCCACCAGCGAGGCCGGGCUCAAGGCCAGCGUCGACAGCGGCUCGCGUGUCUUUUACGCCUUCACCUUCCACAACACCACCGCCUCAGAGAUCCCGGAGCUGCUCCAGGUCUUUAGGGACAUCGCCGAUGAGGGCUACUACCAGGGCAGCCCGACGACGCUGGGUAUCGCCUACGAUGCCUGGGGACCCGACCCCAACCGCGCCGAGAUUGACUCCAUCAUGCAGCUGACCGAGGACUACAACAUUUCCGUUAUCACCACCCACUCGCUUGGAGGACCUUGGGGAAUCACCAACUCCCCCUCCGACGUUGCCGCGCUCGACUACCUCAACAUCAGCACGCCCAUCGUCUUCUCGCACGCCUCGUUCCUGGCCGCCGGCGACGCCAUCCUGCUCCGGGAGACGAACCAGCACAUCUCCAUCACGCCCGAGUCCGAGAUGCACUACGGCCACACGCACCCAAACAGCCACCUGAUCCAGGACCAGGCCGCACUUGGCGUCGACACCCACUUCACCUUCAGCACCGACAUUCUCACGCAGGCGCGCAUCUGGCUGCAGCAGGCCCGAUACGACGAGUCCGAAAAGGUGCUGGACGAGUGGCGCCUGCCCCUCAACAACCCCAUGAGCACCGACCAGGCCUUCCUGCUCGCCACCCGCAGCGGCGGCUUGGCCCUGCACCGCGACGACCUGGGCGUGAUCCGCGAGGGCGCCAAGGCUGACCUGGUCGUCUGGGACGGCGAGUCGCCCGCCAUGCUGGGCUGGCUGGACCCCGUGGCCGCCGUCAUCCUGCACGCUAGCGUCGGCGACAUCGAGUCCGUCAUGGUCGACGGCAAGUGGGUCAAGAAGGACAGGAAGCUCGUGGUUGGCGACUACGCCGACGUCAAGCGCCGCUUCCUCGCUACCGCCAAAAAGAUCCAGGACAUCUGGGUCGACACGCCCCUCCCGACCCCGGAGGAGCUGCAGUCAAUGUUCCCGUUCCCCCUGGUGCGCGCCGACCAGCUCGACGUGCAGAGGGGCGAGGGUAACGGAUACGGCGAGAACCACUUUGAGUAGUGCCAAUUGACGAAGAUAUGUCUCAUGUGUUUUCUACUCUAAUCUCAAUGGUAUAAUCUUUAGCGCUUAGUAAUCUUAAUCAAAUUCGCUCAAUCUGAAAGUGAC